AUGGUUCCUGACUCUAAGAACAAGGUUCCACACCCUGAGAAAAAGGUUCCACAAUCUAAGGACAAUGUUCCUCACUCUGAGGACAAGGGUCCUCACUCUGAGGACGAGGUUCCUCACUCUGAAGACAGGUUCCUCACUCUGAGAGCAAAGUUCAUCACUCUCUGGACAAAGUUCCUCACUCUAACAACAAGGUUCCUCACUCUGAGAUCAAGUUUCCUCUUUCUGAGAACAAGGUUCCUUACUCUGAGAACAAGGGUUCCACAAUAUGAGGACAAGGUUCCUCACACUGAGGACAUGGUUCCUCACCCUGAGAAAAAGUUUCCUCACUUUGAGAACAAGGUUGCUAACUCUGAAGACAAGGUUCUUCACUCUGAAGGCAAGGUUUCUCACAAUGAGGACAAGUUUCCUCACUCUGAGGACAAGGUUCUUCACUCUGAGGACAAGGUUCCUCACUCUGCGGACAAGGUUCCGUCCUCUGAAGGCAGGUUCCUCAGACUGAGGACAAAAUUCCUCACUCUGAAAGCAGAUUCCUCAAUCCGAGGACAAGGUUUAUCACUUUGAGGACAAGGUUCCUCACUCUGAGCACGAGGUGCUUCACACUGAGGACAAGGUUCCUCACACUGAGAACAAGGUUCCUCAUUAUGAGGACAAGGUUCCUCACUCUGCGGACAAGGUUCCUCACCCUGAGGACAAGGUUCCUCACUCUGAGGACAAGAUUACUCACUCUGACGACAAGGUUCCUAACUCUGAGGACAAUGUUCUUCAUUCUGAGAACAAGGUUCCUCACUCGGAAGACAAGGCUCCUCAUUCUGAGAAAAAGUUCCUCACUCUGAGGACAAGGUUCCACACACUGAGGAAAAGGUUCUUCAUUCUGAGGACAAGGUUUCUCAUUCUGAGGACAAGGUUCCCGACCCUGAAGGCAUGUUCCUCCCGCUGAGGACAAAGUUCCUCACUCUGAGGACAAGGUACCUCACUCUGAGGUCGAGGUUCCUCACACUGAGAACAAGAUUCCUCACUAUGAAGACAAGGUUCCUCACUCUGAGGAAAAGGUUGCUCACAAUGAGGACAAGGUUCUCACUCUGAAGUCAGGUUCCUCACUCUGAAGUCAGGUUCCUCAUUCUGAAGUCUGGUUCCUCACUCUGAGGACAAGGUUCGUCACUCUGAGGACAAGGGUCUUCACUAUGAGGACAAGGUUCCUCACUCUGAGGACUUGGUUCCUCACUCUGAGGACAAGGUUCCCCAUACUGAGUACAAGGUUGCUCACUGUGAGGACAAGGUUUCUCUCUCUGAAAACAAGGUUCCUCACUCUGAGGACAGGGUUCCUCAAUCUAAGUACAAGGUUCCUCACUCUGAGUACAAGGUUCCUCACCCUCAGGAGAACGUACCUCACUCUGAGGCCGAGGAUCCUCACACUGAGGACAAGGUUCCUCACCCUGAAGUCAGGUUCCUCACUCUGAGGACAAGGUUCAUCACUCUGAGAACAAGGUUCCUCACUCUGAAAACAAGGUUCCUCACUCUGAGCACAAGGGUUCCUCAAUCUGAGGACAAGGUUCCUCACACUCAGGACUUGGUUCCUCACUGUGAGAACAAGUUUCCUCACUCUGAGAGCGAGGUUCCUCACCCUGAGGACAAGGUUCCUCACUCUGAGGGCAAGGUUCCUCACACUAAGGACAAGUUUCCUCACUCUGAGUCAAGGUUCUUCACACUAAGGACAAGGUUCCUCACUCUGAAGACAACGUGCCGCGCUCUGAUGGCAGGUUCCUCACACCGCGGACAAGGUUCCUCGCUCAGAGGACAAGGUUCCUCACUCUGA